GCCGAGGCCCCGGCCGCCGCCCAGAGCCCCCGCGGGCCUCUCGCCGCGGGCCCGGGCGUGGUGCUGUACCUGUGCCCGGAGGCGCAGUGCGGACAGACCUUCGCCAAGAAGCACCAGCUGAAGGUGCACCUGCUGACACACAGCAGCAGCCAGGGCCAGAGGCCCUUCAAGUGCCCCCUGAGCGGCUGCGGCUGGACCUUCACCACGUCUUACAAGCUCAAGAGACACCUGCAGUCGCACGACAAACUGCGGCCAUUUGGCUGCCCGGUGGAGGGCUGUGGCAAGAGCUUCACCACCGUGUACAACCUCAAGGCGCACAUGAAGGGGCACGAGCAGGAGAACUCCUUCAAAUGCGAGGUCUGUGAGGAGAGCUUCCCCACGCAGGCCAAGCUCAGCACCCACCAGCGCAGCCACUUCGAGCCCGAGAGGCCUUACCAGUGUGCGUUCUCUGGCUGCAAGAAGACGUUCAUUACUGUGAGUGCCCUGUUUUCUCAUAACCGCGCCCAUUUCAGGGAACAGGAACUCUUUGCCUGCUCCUUCCCUGGCUGCAGCAAGCAGUAUGACAAGGCUUGCAGGCUCAAGAUUCACCUGCGCAGCCACACGGGAGAGAGGCCUUUCCUUUGUGACUUCGAUGGCUGUGGCUGGAAUUUCACCAGCAUGUCCAAACUCUUGAGACACAAGAGGAAGCACGACGACGACCGCCGGUUCACCUGUCCCGUAGAGGGCUGCGGGAAGUCCUUCACCAGGGCCGAGCACCUGAAAGGCCACAGCAUAACCCACCUGGGCACGAAGCCCUUCGUGUGCCCCGUGGAAGGCUGCUGUGCCAGGUUCUCCGCCCGGAGCAGUCUCUACAUCCACUCCAAGAAGCACUUGCAGGACGUGGGCACCUGGAAAAACCGCUGCCCGGUCUCCACCUGUAACAAACUCUUCACGUCCAAGCACAGCAUGAAGACCCACAUGGCCAAGAGGCACAACCUCAGCCAGGACCUCCUGGCCCAGCUGGAAGCUGCCAACUCCCUCACACCCAGCAGUGAACUCACCAGCCAGGGCCAGAACGACCUCAGUGGUGCAGAGCUAGUGUCUCUGUUCUCGGAUGUGCCUGGCCACAGUUCUGCUGCCGUGCUGGACACGGCCUUGGUCAAUUCCGGGAUCUUGACGAUUGACGUGGCCUCUGUGAACUCGACCCUCGCGGGAAGUCUCCCUGCUGAUAACAGUAACCAUUCCUUAGGGCCAGCGGUGGACCCCCGGGCCCUCAGGGCCCCCACUGACCUUCCCCAGAGUCUGGAUACCUCUCUCUUCUUCGGAACCUCGGUGGCUGGCUAUCAGCAGAGCCCCUUAGACAUGGACGAUGUCUCCGGUGGAAACGUGGGGCUCUUUGGCUCCUUGGCUCUGAAAAGCUCCAGCCUGGAGCCCCAGGCUUUGACACCCAGCAAUAAGUUAACUGUGGACACCGAAGCUCUGACUCCCUCCAGCACCCUCUGUGAAAACAGUGUCUCAGAACUACUGACCCCUGCCAAAGCCGAUUGGAACGUGCACCCCGAGUCUGACUUCUUUGGGCACGAGGAAGAAACCCAGUUUGGAUUCUCCAACCCGGCAGGAAGCCACGCUUCUCAGAAAGAAACAGACCUUAUCACGGUGACUGGCACCCCGUUUUUGGUAUGAACCUACUCGGCCCGUGCCCUGACGGGUGGCUCGCUUUCAUUGAUUACACUCCAAUCUGAGGAUGUCCUGUUCUGGACGGAGUGCUGACUUACCUGCGGUCCUUUCUUGCUGCUUUGCAAAGGAGCGCAUCUGUGGACUAUACAGAUUGAGAGAUUGAAAUUCUCACCCCGAGUCUGGAACUCAUGAGUUCUGUGACCGUGAGCAAGUCUCUUAACCUAACUGAGCCUUAAUUCAUUAUUUAUAAAAUUAGGUGUUUUGUUUAGAUUGUUUCUAUUUCCUUUUCAACGGUAUUUCCAUUCUUUGUACUCCUUUGGUGUGAAUUUUUAGAGUAUUUUAUAGUGUUUACAUAUAAUUGUAAUGUAAUGAAAAGGGCUUUGAUCCCUUUGAACAUUAAAUGAUCAGUGCUAGAUGAACUGGUGUUUUUAACUUUUAAUAUGAAACUUACCUCAUGUCCACAAUAUCCAUAAUAUCAGUAGAGUGCAAAAAUAUGGAAUAUUAUUUGUUUGUUUGAUCUUUGUCUACUUGUGGUGUCUUUCUAUAGGAGGUUUUAUUUUCAUGUUGAACAAUGUCAGGGUUUUGAUAUAUUGCAAGCAUAUUCUAAAAUAUUGCCUCUUAACAUUGAACAAGUGGCCUUAUAUUAGUCAUUCUGUCUUGCUGAGCCUUACUUUCGUAGCUUUACAGUGGUCAUAGGAAUGCACAUUGUUUGCAAUCAUUUUGGAUCUUUUUUAUGCUUGGGAUUGUUACUGAAGGGAAAAUACAUGUUUUGGCUUUGUCAAUCUUUAAUUUUCUUGCCUCCAUAUUUCAUCUCUUAAACAAAAAUUAGCAAAUGUUUAUGUCGUAGUUUUGCAUCCAUUAAAAUUUAUAGGCAUUAAGCAUACAUGGGGAUUUGUACCUUCCACAGAUUGAGGAGGACUUUCUCUAUAGAGUUCUUAUUUGACACUGGUCACAGUUCCAUUUGACCAGUUUACUGGGGUCUGUUCAGUAUCAAAGCCAGCUCUUGGCCUGAAUCUACUAGUUCAAUAAAAUUUGGGAAUGAACCAGAAGGAAAUGUUCUUUUGUCUUGGGGCCCUCAUUCCUAAUGCUCUCUGGAAUGAGAGGCUUGCUGUGCAUUUUGAAAUACUGUCACUUUUAACACGAGUGUAGCAUUUUAUGAUUUAUAUAGAAAUUUCAUAUCUAAUAUAUUUGAUUGUCAUAAUCCUCAUGAGAAAGUGUGAACUUCAACUGAUAUUAACACUUUCCUGACCUAUGACAAAUGGAGUUCACUUAGUAAAUAUUAUUUGUAGUUCAAAUAGAAGAGGAACUAUUUCUACCUCUCUCAUUCUGCUGUUCUGAAUUCCGUGACCAUUUGCUUAUGAGCAAAGUCUUUUGUUCCUCCUAAGUAUAUACUUGUUCCUUUAUGCAGUUCUGCCCCACCCCCGUUACUGUAGUCCUUGGUAUACAUACCAAUCUGUGCCAUGCCUCUACCUUUUUUCUAAUUAGACACUUCUUUUUGGUCACCCCUUUGUCACAUGAUCUAAUUUUAUUCACAAUAAUUACUGCAGUCAUUGUAUGCAAUGAGAAGGUAUUUUCUGAAUCCAGAUUACAAGUGUGUUUACAGGAAUCAGAUGAUAAUGGGGUUAUUUUUUCUAUAAGGUCUGAUGACAAGUACCUCUCCAAAUUUGUUCACCAAGUUUUCUACUAGCAUAUAGUUGUCCUAAAACAUUCAAGUUCAAUACUGUUUUCAUGAGGAAAAUAGUUUUUAUAGCACCUUGGCAAUAUAUAAUUUGCCACUUUGAAAUGCAUUAUGUACUAUCUUUAUAAUUUUUAAAUUGGUUGAACCUAUUCAAUGAAAAGGUAAAAAGUAGACAUUGAUUUGUAGUUUAAAGAAGUAUUCAGAAUUUUAGUGUGUCCAAGCAUUAAGAGUAUUAUUCCCUUAGUACUUUGAAAAGAUUUUUAAGACUGUUUUAGAAUGUAUCUUCAUGAGUUAAAACAAACAUUUCUCAUUUCAUUUUGCAAGGACUGCAAAGGCCUGAGGUAAACACACAUUUCAUAAGCAUUUAUUAAGAUAUAUAACCAUAAAGAUAUUGUUUCUUUUACAUUUUUUCCAAUUAAAGACUAUAACAAAACAUUCUUACCUAUAUUCUGUAGAAUAUCCAAAGGAUAAAUUUUAAUUUCUUGAUAAAAGUCAUGUUAUCAUUAUGAUUUCUCUAUGAACAUUGCCCUAGCAUGAUGGUGGAAUGACUGUAAUUGCAGUCAGAGAUGUGACUACAAACAUAAUGGUUGUAUUUCUGUUGUUAACAUAAAUUUGUCAUUUUAAAAAUGAUGAGUCAUGAGUUAGUUUUAUCUCCUUUACCUUUUGUGAUUUUUUCAGUCUCUUGAUUUGUUAAAAUUUGCCAAUGUAAUUGUGUUAAUAACAAUGUCUUAUAGGAAGUUUGUUUUCAAAGGGCCCUGUUAAGCCUACUUGAUCAUAUAAAAGAUGUUAAUCUUGG